AUGAGACAGACAACAAUGCUUUGGUCAUUGUUGGUAUUUGUACUAUCAAUGAUCAACUUGGGUUUGGCCAAGAAUCCAGUUGAUUUUACUACAGUCUGCCAGUUCCCUGACAAUUUCAGCAAAAAACCUGGGUUUUUGGCAACAACUGCUCGGCUGGGUUUGUGGAUUACUGGAAAUAGCUACAAAGAGUUAUUAAAUUAUCCAGGUACAUUUACAUUAACAACACAACAAGCAAGUACUACAACACCGAAUAUUCAGUUAAGAGGUACUGAUCUAUUCACAACCAUUUACGGCUUAACAGUUUAUCCAUUAUACCUGCUGGUAGAGCUUCAAGGAUACUUUGUUCCAACCCAAUCCGGUAUGUAUACCUUCAGUUUGACAGGUUCCGAUGAUGCUGCUAUUAUUUUUAUUGGAAACCCAUCAACUUUUCCAUGCGACGCAUUCAAGACGUGGCCACAAGCCACUGCCAAUGAUAUCACGGUAACUGAUUCAAUCAACCCAUCAAGAACACUUUACAUGGUAAAGGGCGUCGCCUACCCACUUAGAAUAGCAUACUAUAACGGCUUAGGUAACGGUGUUCUUAAUGCUGCUUUCACAGAUCCUAGCGGGACCAAACGUACCGACUGGAACGGUUACAUUUGGCAGUAUGAUCAAUGUUCUACCUGCACUUAUAAGCCUCCACCAACUGUUACCACAUCCAUUACGUCAGGUUGGGUGUUGAGCACCACAACGACAGGUACUAGUUACAGUCCAUUUACUGGUAUUGAUGGUGUAGAAAGUACAUCUACCAUUUACCAAGUGGUAGUACCCACUAUAACACCAUCUCUAUCAAUUCCGCCAAUAACCACAGUUACAAUACAUAACCCUGAAUACGUUGAAGAGGAUGUCAUUAGCUUCUUCAGUACUACAGAUAGUGAUGGUAAGCCAAUUACGGGUAGCACCACGAUAAAUGCUACACGAGAAGAUAUUCUACCAGAUCCACCACAUACAUCAUUUGGACCUGCACCACCCCCAGUGACACAUACAGUUGAUCUUGGUAACGGAGUCACUGAUUAUGAAGUAGUUACGUAUUGGACGACUACGAACGAGUUUGGUGGCAUAAUCACCACGAGUAGUACUGUUACAUACAGUCCACCACCUGUGACGGUCACGGCUACUACUGCGCCAGACUAUGUUGAGAGUGACUGGAUCUCGUUCUUCAUCACAGUUGAUGAGAAGGGAGAUAUUGUGACUGGCAGCACGACCAUCAAUGCCACACGUGAAUACAUUGACGGUGAAGCUCCACACACAUCAUUUGGACCUGCACCACCUGUGGAGACUAAGACUGUUGACCUUGGCAAUGAAGUGACUGAAUAUCUGGUGAUAAGCUACUGGACGACUACGAACGAGUUUGGUGGUCUAAUCACCACCAGCAAGGUUGACACCUACAGUCCGCCCCCUGUGACGGUCACGGCUACUACUGCGCCAGACUAUGUUGAGAGUGACUGGAUCUCGUUCUUCAUCACAGUUGAUGAGAAGGGAGAUAUUGUGACUGGCAGCACGACCAUCAAUGCCACACGUGAAUACAUUGACGGUGAAGCUCCACACACAUCAUUUGGACCUGCACCACCUGUGGAGACUAAGACUGUUGACCUUGGCAAUGAAGUGACUGAAUAUCUGGUGAUAAGCUACUGGACGACUACGAACGAGUUUGGUGGUCUAAUCACCACCAGCAAGGUUGACACCUACAGUCCGCCCCCUGUGACAGUCACGGCUACUACUGCGCCAGACUAUGUUGAGAGUGACUGGAUCUCGUUCUUCAUCACAGUUGAUGAGAAGGGAGAUAUUGUGACUGGCAGCACGACCAUCAAUGCCACACGUGAAUACAUUGACGGUGAAGCUCCACACACAUCAUUUGGACCUGCACCACCUGUGGAGACUAAGACUGUUGACCUUGGCAAUGAAGUGACUGAAUAUCUGGUGAUAAGCUACUGGACGACUACGAACGAGUUUGGUGGUCUAAUCACCACCAGCAAGGUUGACACCUACAGUCCGCCCCCUGUGACGGUCACGGCUACUACUGCGCCAGACUAUGUUGAGAGUGACUGGAUCUCGUUCUUCAUCACAGUUGAUGAGAAGGGAGAUAUUGUGACUGGCAGCACGACCAUCAAUGCCACACGUGAAUACAUUGACGGUGAAGCUCCACACACAUCAUUUGGACCUGCACCACCUGUGGAGACUAAGACUGUUGACCUUGGCAAUGAAGUGACUGAAUAUCUGGUGAUAAGCUACUGGACGACUACGAACGAGUUUGGUGGUCUAAUCACCACCAGCAAGGUUGACACCUACAGUCCGCCCCCUGUGACGGUCACGGCUACUACUGCGCCAGACUAUGUUGAGAGUGACUGGAUCUCGUUCUUCAUCACAGUUGAUGAGAAGGGAGAUAUUGUGACUGGCAGCACGACCAUCAAUGCCACACGUGAAUACAUUGACGGUGAAGCUCCACACACAUCAUUUGGACCUGCACCACCCCCAGUGACACAUACAGUUGAUCUUGGUAACGGAGUCACUGAUUAUGAAGUAGUUACGUAUUGGACGACUACGAACGAGUUUGGUGGCAUAAUCACCACGAGUAGUACUGUUACAUACAGUCCACCACCUGUGACGGUCACGGCUACUACUGCGCCAGACUAUGUUGAGAGUGACUGGAUCUCGUUCUUCAUCACAGUUGAUGAGAAGGGAGAUAUUGUGACUGGCAGCACGACCAUCAAUGCCACACGUGAAUACAUUGACGGUGAAGCUCCACACACAUCAUUUGGACCUGCACCACCUGUGGAGACUAAGACUGUUGACCUUGGCAAUGAAGUGACUGAAUAUCUGGUGAUAAGCUACUGGACGACUACGAACGAGUUUGGUGGUCUAAUCACCACCAGCAAGGUUGACACCUACAGUCCGCCCCCUGUGACAGUCACGGCUACUACUGCGCCAGACUAUGUUGAGAGUGACUGGAUCUCGUUCUUCAUCACAGUUGAUGAGAAGGGAGAUAUUGUGACUGGCAGCACGACCAUCAAUGCCACACGUGAAUACAUUGACGGUGAAGCUCCACACACAUCAUUUGGACCUGCACCACCUGUGGAGACUAAGACUGUUGACCUUGGCAAUGAAGUGACUGAAUAUCUGGUGAUAAGCUACUGGACGACUACGAACGAGUUUGGUGGUCUAAUCACCACCAGCAAGGUUGACACCUACAGUCCGCCCCCUGUGACGGUCACGGCUACUACUGCGCCAGACUAUGUUGAGAGUGACUGGAUCUCGUUCUUCAUCACAGUUGAUGAGAAGGGAGAUAUUGUGACUGGCAGCACGACCAUCAAUGCCACACGUGAAUACAUUGACGGUGAAGCUCCACACACAUCAUUUGGACCUGCACCACCUGUGGAGACUAAGACUGUUGACCUUGGCAAUGAAGUGACUGAAUAUCUGGUGAUAAGCUACUGGACGACUACGAACGAGUUUGGUGGUCUAAUAACCACCAGCAAGGUUGACACCUACAGUCCGCCCCCUGUGACGGUCACGGCUACUACUGCGCCAGACUAUGUUGAGAGUGACUGGAUCUCGUUCUUCAUCACAGUUGAUGAGAAGGGAGAUAUUGUGACUGGCAGCACGACCAUCAAUGCCACACGUGAAUACAUUGACGGUGAAGCUCCACACACAUCAUUUGGACCUGCACCACCCCCAGUGACACAUACAGUUGAUCUUGGUAACGGAGUCACUGAUUAUGAAGUAGUUACGUAUUGGACGACUACGAACGAGUUUGGUGGCAUAAUCACCACGAGUAGUACUGUUACAUACAGUCCACCACCUGUGACGGUCACGGCUACUACUGCGCCAGACUAUGUUGAGAGUGACUGGAUCUCGUUCUUCAUCACAGUUGAUGAGAAGGGAGAUAUUGUGACUGGCAGCACGACCAUCAAUGCCACACGUGAAUACAUUGACGGUGAAGCUCCACACACAUCAUUUGGACCUGCACCACCUGUGGAGACUAAGACUGUUGACCUUGGCAAUGAAGUGACUGAAUAUCUGGUGAUAAGCUACUGGCACGACUACGAACGAGUUUGGUGGUCUAAUCACCACCAGCAAGGUUGA